UAUACAUUCCCCUCAUAUCUCACACCAUAUUCCCCAUCGCACACGCAUACAGCGCCAGUACAGUAUCCCCCGCCGCACAAGCCCACAAAACACGUCAACUCAAGCCACUGGUUUCGAGCCUUUCCCACACCAUAUCUUCCAUGUCCUUGACAUCCAACUUUUCCUUUCCCCAAUCCUUUUCUGUCGAUACGAACCAUCAAUCCGCUUGCUCCAUCCCCUCUCCUCCUUCCCUUUCUUCAGGCAGAACCUCGCCAGACUUUGACUUUGAGUCAUUUACCCACUACUCGCCCAACGCGUCUUCACUCGUUGACGAGAUUGACUCGGCCGACCUUCACAAAGAGUCUUCUUCCACUCCACCAUCUACCGAUCUGGUCUCUCCACGAUCCUCUAUCGCCGACAUCUCUCAGAUCCAGCCGCCUACUCAGGUUGGAGAGCUAGAUACUGCAGAAGCCCUCAGUAAACAUCAUCUUCAGCGUUACCUUCACUACAAAACGCUUGCCGCCCGCGCCGAAGCAGACCGCGCCAUUGUCGUUCACCAGCAAAUUCAAUCACAUACUCCAGACGACGAGUUUGACGCCCUGUUUUCUGCGUGUGACAAAUCCUCAGUUGGGUUGAUGCCUGACGGGUCCGCAAAUUCUACCUUUUUCAAAGACGCUGCCGUUUCUGGUGACAACCAUAACAACAUGCUUGCCUAUCAGUCGCACAUGGUUCAGCCUACCUACUACCAGAUGGGUCAGGCCGUGCCCAACUGGCAGCAGUCUGACGGGUUUUAUCAUCCUCAGCCUUCCCAAGUUGCUCUGCACAACGCACAAGCUCAAGCGCAUCUUCAGGCUGCAGAGGUCGCGCGGUUCCAGGCUGAGCAGCAUCGCAUGAACAUGUCCAACUUUUAUGUUCCGGUUUCUGCUGCUCCUCGCUCUUCGUAUGACGCUCCUCAAAAUGCGCCAUCCUUUGCUGGUCAAUCGAUAUCCAAUCUUACCAACCAAUCGCCUUCUUAUUCGUCCACAACCUCUUACCCCGUGUCCAACGUUGUUAUGGACAGGACGUCUUCAAUGUCUGGUCUUACUACUGUUGCGGUCAGCAGACGAGCUAGCGAAGAAGGUGAAGAAGAGUUGGCGUAUUCCUCAGAAGAAGACGCCAAGCCAAAUGUCGCGUCGAUUCCCGUUGCCAACGUGCACGGUGGUGGUAGGGGAUAUGUGCCUGGUCAGACUCCUGAUGACCCCAAAAAGAAGCACAAGUGCCAGGUCUGUGGUCGCGGUUUUGCUAGAGCUUUUAAUCUCAAGUCUCACAUCCAAACUCACAAUCCUCUCCGUGCUAAACCUUAUCAGUGCCCCCACGCCACGUGCAAGCGCGGCUUUUCUCGUCUUCAUGACCUCGAACGUCAUCGACAGGGCAUCCAUUCCGAUGGUCCCCUCGUUGAUGCCAAGCGCCAUGGUGUAACACCCGCGGUCGCCCGUGCCCAAAACAGGAUCCAGAAGCGAGCCGAAUCAGGAAGUCUCAUAUAGCCGUCUUAUGACGGCGCAACAAAUAAACGGGAACUGCUUAUCGCGUUCCACCCGAGACUUUUCUUUUCCUUUUUCGACCCCUCGUCUUCUUGUUCUCUUUUUUGCGAACUUGUCUUCUCCUCUCCGACUCUACCUUUUAUGCGGCAAUACCGAGUCUUUUCCUCUCUUGUCGCUUUCUCCAUUCCCGCUCGUCUUUCAUUUAUCCGUUAUCUCUCUCGAUCCCGACUACCGACAUUCGUCUUGUUUUGCCGAACAAACCUCCAAAAUGCAGCGCCGCCGCCAUUUGGCGGCAUUCCAAGUCGAGCUGCUUGUUCGUGCAACAUUAUGUGUCCUGGUCGAGAAGAAGAUGGCGUAAGUGAAGAGUAUGGAGAAAGCGUCGAGGAGCUCGCUCUUCGAGUGAGUACAGACGUGGGGUAUAUGCGGCUUUGAUAGUCGGCACCCAAUUCUCUUUUGCUGCCAUUCAGCAUUCGACAACUGUGUCUUUUUUUUAUUUCUCAUUUCAUCAAUCCACCCUCCACUUCCAUAUCUAUCGUCCAUCGCUCUAUCUAUUCACAUUUCUUUUGCACCACACGACAAUUGACCGCCUCAUCCAUCCCGCGACCCCCCCUUUCCCUCGACAUUAUAGCUUUCCGGCAACACCGCUUUUGUUUUAACACAAUUUUUCUUUUUUUGAUCUAUUUUUUAAUAUUGUUUCAUAGCGGUGCUUUUUUAUUUGCUCGGAAGCUGUCGGAGAGAGGCUAGGGUGAGCCUAGUGAUAGGAUCUUGGACCGUCGACGUGUUAUGUGCCUUUAUUAUUCCGAUUUCUGUCUGUAUUUAUAUUUGCGUAAUAGAUUAGCCCCCCAAAAAAACAAGUAAAAAGCCUGCGCUGGUGAUGUAUACACUAUCGGCGAGA